UUUACGUCUGUAUAUGGGCGAACUCACGUACGCAGCGGUUCGGCAGGAAGCAUUUCAGCAAUCCGCCGGAUCAAAUCCGUCCACAGCUUUCCCAGCUCAACAUCACGCAUCCGAGGAGGAGCUUCGAUGUAUCCUAGAGUUUCACCAGCAGGGUUACCGGUGACAUGUUUGGAAGUGGCGGGCGGUACAGUCAUGACUGGCAGCCAGGGCCACACUGUUAACGUGUUCCGGCUCGAUAGCCACCUAUUGCAGUUCACCCUAAACGGCCAUUGCGGUCCUAUUACAUGUAUUUUCAUAGACCAGUGGCAGGCUGAGAUGGGCGCAUCUGGUUGCCAGGAUGGUGUGCUAUAUGUGAGGGACUUGAUACGGGGUGCCUGUAUGUACAAAAUUGAAGCCCAUGACGACUCAAUCGUCGCACUUGCCUGUUCCCCGAGUUACGCAAUAUCGCUCGGACUGAACGAAUGAAUACGGUUCUGUGACUACGGAAAUCAAAUGAGAAUCGUUCGUUUCCCUCUUGUUGCGUCGGAAAAGUGGUUCGGUCGGGGGAAUCGUAAUCGACCAGCUAACAAAAACAAAUGUACAGCAGCUUCUGAACGAAGCCAUUGCUAGCACGAGUUUUUGAUUUGGAAGGAUAGUUGCU